CCCCGCCCUCUCCCCGCUCCUCGUCCAUUCGUUGCUGUCGUAUGGGGUUAUGACCCGGAAGUUUAGAAGAGAGGUUGAUUUCCGGUUUGGUCGCCGGCACUCUCCGGGGGUUCCGUCUGCUACGUCUGCCGCCGAGACACAGGUGAGGAGCGUGGAGGGAGGGAGCUGUGUGGCCGUGCUGGGUUAAUGGGUCCUCAGAAAGGCCGUGUGAGUGCUGAGCGAGGUCGGAGCGAUCUCACGCGAGGUGUGGGAUGUUCAGGGCCUGAGGAUAGUGAGUGUGGGAGUCUGAGCCCCUGGUAUGCAGUUAUGAGGAGAGUGUACCCCGAUGUACAUGCAGAGCACUCACUGGGAGCAUACACUGCGCAUCUGACCUGCAUGCUCUACUAAACCCCUUCAUCAUCAUCAUCAUCAUUAUAUCCAGAGCCAGCUACUCAGGGCUGGCCAGAGGGGAGAUGACAAGCUCUUGUAGAACAAUAAUGCUUUCCUGUGCUCGGAUAAUACAUUUUUAUUUUGCCACUCCUGUUCCCACAUACUCUGCAGUGCUGUAAAUGGGAUAGAAUCAAUGUAUUAUUGGUUUGUGACCGCCUAUCUGAAAUAUUUUGAGCAGAUUGGGUCUUUACAGGUUUACCCUUUGGUGUAGCAAUAAGUUAUAACAUUUUGAAUGUUAUGUUAAAUAUUUAAUUCUCAUUAAAAGUAUCUAUUUUUUAAAAGAGGAGUUUAAAUCCGGUGAUAUUUCAGAGUUGCUGUGUUAGUGACCAUAGCAUGGUUAAAUCAGAUAUAAAAAAGAAAAAAAAUGCUGUGAAAAAUCACUGAAGUUCAGUGAUGGUAUAUCUAAUUUUUAAAGGUUUACAAGCAGUGUGGGGCAAGGGUAUAAAUGAGUGCGCACAGUUAUGAGGUACACUCCUUGUGCUAUGGAGCAAAAACCCCUUAUCAUUUUCACCUUGGCUUCAUGCAGCAGAAUUAAGGGGGUUACAUUUAACAGGUUUUGAAGACCGGUAAGCACUGCCUUACUUAAUUUCCAAGAGUGUCCUUUUGUUUAUAUCAACGUUAUCAGAAAAAUGAUCAGUUAAAACGAUAAAUACAUAAAUAUGAACAAUACAAAAUCAUAACUCAGUCUCAACGACUGCUGAUCUACGAAUGAGGUGUCACAUUGCCUAUACACUUCAUGCAUAAGUUGUAUACCUAGUGGUCUCCAUAUAAAAUCUUUUGGUCUUGAUAUUCUAUCAUUAAUUUCUGCUAGUUUAGCUUAUUAAAUGUAGAAAUGUACCUUAUUAGUUACUUCAUGUAUUAUGGAAAGAGAUGUAGAUUUCCAGGCUGACGUAUUCUAACUUUCGCUGCGGUUAAGAUAUGUUUUAAUAUAUAUUUACAGCAGCCAUAUUUCCUGGGUCACAUAUCCAGCAGACUGAUUUCUGGAGAAAGUUGUAUUCUUGCUGAUCAUAGUUUGUAAUUGGCUCCGAAAUGUCUCAAUGGAUGUAAAUGGCCAAAAUAUAUUUCCUAUCCAGCGGUUUGGGAAAAAGUGGUUUACUCUGCACUUCAUGCCUUAGUGCAGUUUAUGGAAGCUUUAAAUAUAUUUGCUGCUUAGCCAAUUUAUAUUUAAAUGGUUUAUUCUUGGGUAUGUGAAAAGCUCUUUUGAAGGGAGCUGGGAAUAGUUUUGUGUGUUGUAUCUAAUUGCCUGUUACAUUAUCUCCAGCACCCCUGCAUAGUGUCCGUUAUAUAAGUUAAAAUUGUUGGUGAACAUCCCUAUGGAAACCAACAGAGCCGUUUAUUAUGGCUGCAGUGAGUGACAUAGUUUCAUCACCACUGAUUCCAUAUUUUUCAAGGGAAUCUGGUACAUGUCAUGUCAUAACAAAAUAUGAAAAUUUAGUUUAUGAAUCUAAUGAAAAUAAUCUAAUGAAGUAAAAAAAAUAUGGAAGAUAAGAGGAAGGAGAAAGUCAAGCUUGAGGUAACAGCUACUUUACAUGAAAUGUUACAAUUGAUACCCAUUUUGUAUUGAUACCUGUUUGAUCUAUAUAUUUGUGGUAGUCAAAUGGAAAGUACAUGUAUAUAUUAAAAUUAUUUUACCUGUUGCACUUAUGGUGUUACUUCUCCUUAAUGCAAGGGAAAGAUGACCACCAGAGAGAGCUGCAAAUCCCCCCCCCAAAACAUGUUUAUGUUGAGGGCAGUGGAUUCCUGCAUUCUUCUACUUAUAUUGGCCAGUUUGGAGGAGGUUUUCAAAGUGGCACUGUCAAGCUGAACUUACCUCUCUCCUAUUGUUUACUCUUCUCUUCCUCUCGGAAUCUGUUCUUCUUUUCUUUAUUUCUGAUUUUAGUUUUCUUUAAAAACAUAACACAAAGUAGGGACUACUUUUGUCUUAUGUGUUUUCCUACGUUUGACUUUCUUUGACCAAUGGAGGAGCUUAAGGCUCCAUUUCCUGUGUAAGAGAAAGAAGUCACCAUUCACCUUGACACAGGAAAUCAAAUGGACGUAAGCUCUUCCUUUGGUCAAAGAAAGUCAAUCGUAGGAAAAAUACGCAAGGUAUUCUUAUGUUUUAAAGAAAACUAGAUCAUAAAAAAUAAAAGAACAGCUGCUGAGAGAGGAAGAGAAGAGGAAACAAUAGGAGAAAGGUAAGUUUGGCAUGACAUUGCCACUUUAAGCAUCCUAUGCAAAGUACCAUACUGAUCAAAUGUCGAAGAACACCUCCAUUUUUAUCACAGUUUAAUCUCUCAAUGUAUUUUGAUACUAAACCAUAAAACAAAGAAUAGAAAAUGGAAAAUAAAUCCUGGUAUUGCUAUAUGUAACUAAAUGUAAACUACAUUUCUGACUCAUUAAAAUCGGCUUUUUGCAGGUGCAACAGCUGACCACACUGAUCGUAUUCUUUCUACAAUGGAAAUAGAUGUUCCCACAAAUAUGUUGCUUUUGUAGGCAAUUUUUUUUUCCAGCUUUCUGACUAGUUCAUCAAAAAACAGCUCACUGGAGUUUAAUCUGCAUUCUGUUUUGGUCAUUGAUGCCUGUCUUUAUUUUCUUCCAAGGUAGUUCUAAUGUAGACUGUUAUAUUUGGAAGCAUGUUUUGGGUCAUAUUCCUGUUCAUUGCAGCAUACAUGCUUGACAAAAUGUACGUAUACCAGAGGGUAUUUCAUGGUGCUGCAAAAUGCUGUGGUAGUCUUUUUAGCUUGGGUUGCAACUCAGAAGUCCACCAGCUUUUGAUCAAGCAAAAGAGCUCCAGACUUUCGCACUUCCUCCUCCUUGUUUGACAGUUUGUUUUACCCAUAGAGGACCUAUUCUUUGGCCUGCUUGAUGCUAUAAAAAAAACACUUGUAAUGAUUGCAAAUUUUGAUUCAUUGGGCUAGAAGACCUUACCGUUUUUGUAGUCUGCUGGUGGUACUUCGUGUCCCAGGCAAACCAAUUUUUCUUCUUAUUUUGUCAACCUCUUUUUUACUGCCAUUUGACCUGUCCAUAGUCUAAUCUUCACAUUUGAAAGGGAAACCUUUUUAGUUGAACUAAGUUUAAGUUGAGCUUGAAGUUCUUGUCCUGUCAGCCACAUAUCACUCAAGCUUUUGAUUCUUAGAAAGAACUCUUGUGGUUUUGUUUUGGCUUUAGAUCUGCAAGAACUAUCAUUGUCAGUUUCCUGCAAUUUCCAAGUGUCUUUUGGUGGUGUAGGAAAUUUUGGUGAUGUACUCAUUGAUACCUUUGCAUUCUUUGUAAUUUCUCUAAAGGAAAGACCUUCAGUUUUAAGGUGGUUAUAACGGUCGGCCUGCCUGAUUUUUUUUUUUUUCACUUUUUCUUACCUUUAAGAUGGCAAAAUACCAUAUCAUACAGUACAAUACUAUUCAAAUAAUGCAAAGAGGCUAUAGAAACACAAUGUGUUCCAAAACAGUUUAUUUAAAUUUUUUUCAAAGGUGUGAAUGAAUAGGUGUGAGUGUUUAAUUUUACAUUACAGAUAUGAACAUGUUCCAAUCUUCUUGCCAUGUAUACUUAAGGAUCAGUGAUUUGAUGUCUCAUGUGUUAGCAAACAACUUGAGGUCAUCCAUGUAGAGGUAGAGGUGGUGGUGGUGGAUGGAGGCUCCAUGGUUGACUGUAUCUGUAUUCACUUUUCAUAAUGAUCUAGUUGAGGCCUAUGUAGAACAGGGAAUAGAUGGACCACAUUUGAUGUCCUGGCUUCUACGGUUAUUAUCCACUAAAUAUUUUUUAGGCAGUGGAGUGUCUCUUCAAUAAAUUCUUCACGUGUUGACUUUAUUUGGCUUCCAGUGUUAGUCUCUUUCUGCCUGAUCUUAUAGCCAAGUAAUUGGAGGAACACAACACCAUUUGGUGCUGUACUUCAUUAAAGGAACACUAUACCGUUAGGAAUACAAAUUUUUAUUCCUAAAGCUAUAUUGUCCCUUUCCUUAGUAGUAUUAUGUCCCCUCUUGGAGCCCAAAAAAUAAGUGUUACUUACCUUAUUCCAGCACCAAUGCUCCCUGAGUGCUGCAGACCUCUACUCCUGCUCCCUGCCUUCUCAGUGUGGAUUCAAUACAUUGCUCCUCAGUGGGGAGCAUUGGGGACCACGUGUGCAUGAACUGCCACAUAUGCUUUUAAAAUCACCUAUAGGAAAGCAUUUAAUCAAUGCUUUCCUUUGGGACUUCUGCAUCAUGUGACUUAUUUUUUUUUUUUUUUGAUCAGUGCUGUGGAAGCACCUGACAGUCCCUAGAAAAGGAGUUAACCUCUUGAGGGGUUUGUUAAGGGGACAGACUCUGUGCCCAGACCACUUCAUUGAGUUUAAUUUAUCUGGGUGACUAUAUUAUCACUUUCAAAAGGCUCAAGCACCGUAAACAUUUUAUGCAGUUUCAUUGUUUAUGGAGCAUGUAGCUUUCUAUUCAUUUAAUUCUACAUCUGUUUGUAUAACUCCCUAUGCUGUAUGCUUAUACUGGCUAUGUGUAGUAUCCUUUAGAAAUGAGCUACCUGGCUCAAACUAUUAGAAGAUGACAGAAAUCUACUGAACUCAAACCUGUAAAUCUGCUGCAGUACAAGGGUUCAUAUAAUACGAAGAGCAGUUGCAAAUGAAAAUUGAAGAACUAGACUUGGCUGGCAAUACACCAUUUGUUGCAAGUGAUGGCCAUUCAGCAGAGCAUUUUUUUUUUUUAAUUCUUUGGUUUAUUAUUUUGACAUAUCUAUAAUUUAUGAAAAUGGCAUCUCUUACUAAUUUGUCAUUGACAAAUAAACUCUUGGUCUGUACAUUAUGUAGUGCUUUUGUUAGCACAUUAUGUAGAUCAGAGCUCAAAAUUUUCACCUACUAUUCGUGAGUGAACAUUAUACUGUGAAUGUGUCAUAGACUCUAGUAGCGUAGGUCUUGAAUUCUUAAAGGAACACUGUCAGGGUCUUAUCUGAGGUGGGAGUCCAGUAGGCAAAUAUUUGUGUUCACCCUUGGACUGCAGAUAUAUACAGUUCAAGAUAAGGUUAGAAACCACUAGGACACUAAUUCUGUGCAUGGGGGCUGUGCAUGAAAGGUGCUCCAAUUCACAGUACAGACAAGGGCAGAAGGAUUGUCGAGGAUAAGCCAAAGUCCGAGGACGCGAGAGGUCCGGAUAAAGAUGGAGGAAAGCCAGGGUUAAUCUGGAGAACAACUAUCAGGAGACAAAACAGGAACAACAUACGAUCACCAGAAUCAAAGAACUGACAAUGUUCUCAUGGAGAGGCAGGUCAAAAUACCUUGCUAAUGGAGCAGCCACAGGUAAAGUCCCAGCCCCUAAGUGCUGCAGAAAAGGCUGGAUAAGACAUCAGGAAGAAACGUAAACUGAAGUGUGGCUCAGAGACAAGACAGCAAGAGUCCACAGUUAAAAUCCCCUUUUUGGCACUUGUGGAACAGCCACGCCUGGCCGUCUGCAUGUCAUGGUGAGAACCGUGACACACGAUAGUGUUGGGAAUAUAAAACGGUUUUCCGAACACAGUAUUGUCUCUCUUCCUCUGCUGCCCCCUUCACACAGUGAUUAAAGGGUUACAAACCUUUUAUUCAUUUUCCGCUUUAUAACACCAAGGUCCCUCGCCACUAGUUUGGUCUCUUCACACAAUGCCACGCUGAUGGGGGGACCUAGUGUUCAUGGGCAGUGAGUGCAUUAGACCUACCCCAUAUGAUCUAAGUGAAUUAAUGCUUUCCUGUGGGGAUUUCAAAGACGCUGGCUUUUAAUAACAUUUUGUUGUCGUUAAAGAGGUGCUCUGAGCAACAUUAGUUUAUAUUGUCCUGUUUUGGGAGAACUCUGGGAUCAUUGCGAGCAUCACAUGAUGUUGUAUUUUGUUUUUUUGUUUGCUUUUUAAUUUUUUUAAGCGGCACAGACACUGUAUGGGGGACUUUGCAUCAUUUUCAAAGAUUCCCAAUGGUAGCAUUGCUGAAGUGGCAGUCAAAGGUGAGUUUAAUUUACCUGAACAUGUCCCUCAUUGACAUCACCAUAUUCUUCUUGACGGUCCUUUUCUUUUCCUGGCACUUCAGCACCAGGAACUGAUGUAAAUGUUGUAUUCUCGCACAUGCAUGAGUACUGCAUUAAGGUCUAUGGGGGAUUCCCCAGGAUCAUCCACAGAGCCAAUUCCAUGCAGCUGGAGGAUUGACACUUAUAGGCGGUGGUUCCGUCGCCCAGUGUCUAAAAGGGUCAGGUGUAGGAAAAAUACUAAGACAAUGUAGGUCCAUACUUUGUCUCAGCAUAUCUUAUGACUGGGUUGGAAUUUCAGUGAAAUUCUAACAUAGUCAAUGAGUAGUUCAGAAAGACUUUAUCUGAGAGUGCUACUUUGUGACCCACAAAUGAUUCAGACCUGAGCUUGUAUUCUAAAUUUUAUGACCCUUAUUAAAUGAUGUGGCACUUCCUUAAUCUCAUGAAAUCGUUUGUGUUUGUUUGAUGGUUGACAAGGCAAGACCAAAUAGGAAAGCAAUCGAUUUAGCUAUAUCUCCUCAUUUUUUAUUUUUUUUCCCGCCCUCCUUUUUGUUAUUUUCCAUUACAUAUAUGCAAUAAAAGUAGCAAAUCACAAUAACAGGAAAGGAAAAAACAUAAACACAUACUAAAAUAAUCAUUACAACAUUUCGACAUUUUAACACAUUUGACAGUUUCCCUGCGCUGCGGAAGAAUGGGACCAGGGGGUCUCCAAUUAUAAUUGUAUCAAGUCUUAAAGGAACACUAUAGUCACCUAAAUUACUUUAGCUAAAUAAAGCAGUUUUAGUGUAUAGAUCGUUCCCCUGCAAUUUCACUGCUCAAUUCACUGUCAUUUAGGAGUUAAAUCACUUUGUUUCUGUUUAUGCCGCCCUAGCCACACCUCCCCUGGCUAUAAUUGACAGGGCCUGCCUGAAAAAAAAAAAAACUGGUUUCACUUUCAAACAGAUGUAAUUUACCUUAAAUAAUUGUAUCUCAGUCUCUAAAUGAAACUUUAAUCACAUACAGGAGGCUCUUGCGAUAAAGAAAGAAUAGGGCUCUCUUUACAGGAAGUGUUUAUGGAAGGCUGUGCAAGUCACAUGCAGGGAGGUGUGACUAGGGUUCAUAAACAAAGAGAUUUAACUCCUAAAUGGCAGAGGAUUGAGCAGAGAGGCUGCAGGGGCAUGUUCUAUACACCAAAACUGCUUCAUUAAGCUAAAGUUGUUCAGGUGACUAUAGUGUCCCGUUAAAUUUAUAACACUAAAGAAAAAGGAGUUACGAUUGUCAGGAGUGAAUUUUUCCCUUAAAGCGUUGCAAUUUGUUCUAGCCAAAAUUCAUAGUUCUCAUCAGAUGAUUUACAUAUACCCCCUCCAUUUUUAAUUGAUAUAACAACUGCUCUUUAACUAAAGGCUAACAUGGUGUCAGCACACUUUUCCAGUUUUUGGCUAUCAUUAAUUUUGCCGCAGUCGCUUGCGACCCACAAUGGAGCCGCCAUUACAUGCUUGGUGUUAAAGCAGAGUAGGCACCUGCUUUCUCCACAUUUCAGGUGCCUACUCUGCUAAAAUUCACCCGGCUGGGGUGGAAGCAGGACGCUGGCGGCAGUGAGGAAGCUGUGUCUGUCAGAGUGUGUCUGUCAGUGUUGCGAUGGCCGCAGCUACACAGUGAAGUACCUGGAGGUGCAGGAGGCACGCAAUGCUACGUCACAUUCUGAUGUGACUUCGACGUGCUCCACUUUCACGGUGUUUCAAGAAGUAGCGGGAGGAUCCGCUUUGGCACAGGAUUUUUUAUUUUUUUUUGUGGCCCACAUAAACUUAAACCUUGUAAAUUUGGCCCGUACUAGACUUUGAGUUUGACCUGCUUGGUGUAAGGAAUACAAAACUGUAUUCAUAGUACUGGAGUGUCCGGCGCCUCCACUCCCCCUGGCAUAUAAUUACUUGUUUUUCACUUACCUGAUUCCGGUGCCCUUGGCAAUGGAUUGAACUCCUCCUUCCACAACGUCAAUCCAGGAACCGAAGUCCUUCCCCGGAGGAAGGUAUUUAAUCAGUGAUUUCCUAUGGGGUUUUUCAACACACUGGGCAUACAGUGUUGUUUCACGGAUGUAAAGCUCCUUGUAACUGCAGGAAUUACCUCUAGUGGCUGUCUGGGAGAUGGCCACUGGAGGCAGUCUUAAUCCUGCAAUGUAAAUAUGGCAGUUUUUCUUAAACUGCAGGGACAGUGCACCUAGACAACUUCAAUGAGAUGAAGUGGUCUGGGUGCCUAUAUAGUCCCUUUUAGGACUUGGCAAAUUACAUCAUAAUACAGUUCAGACAUCGCAAAGCUUGCACAGAUAUUGCUAAUAAAGAGGAGAAAGAGAACCACUGUUCUCUGUAUAUUUUCUCUAGGCUGACAGCCAAGUGCAAAUCUUGUUCUUCAGUUUGAAUGCCUUAUAUUGGUCUGCUGGAUGCUAGACCCUACUUACUUUUCUCUGGAGCGCUGAAGCUCCUGUUAGGAGCUUCCAUUUGCUCUCCUGAGCUAAGCCCUGCAGUGCAAGACCAGCUCAUUGGCUGAGAGUAAUCGGUUGAUUGCUCUUAACCAGUGAGCUAAGCUCAGCAUCGCUGUCUUAAGGGCAGGGAGCUGCCAGUGGUCAGAGACAGCUGACCUUAGAUAAAAAGUCCAACUGUUGAUUACUUUCUUUGGGGGCAGUCAGUGUCUUCUAGUGGUUAGUGUUUGGAGUGUUCCUUUAAAAGUAGAAAUCUCUUCAUCCUGCAACUGGGCAUCUCAGUCUUGGCUCCCUGUCAAUCAUAAGCUCUGUCCUCUGUACCUGGCAGCCAAUAUACAGAAAAUGCUUCUACUUCUCCUAUUUAUUUGUAAUUUGCCAUUGCUUUUCUUUUCCUGAUCUAGAUGGAUGAUAUAAUUUGCUCAAUUUGUAAUCUAAAUUCAAAAUAAAAUAGUUAAAUAAAGUUGGCACACGUUGUAGAUGUCUGUUUUAUUAAAUGGUAUAAUUUCCAGAGAAGUGACAGAUUUCAAGGUCAUGAUUUUUAUUUUAUUUUUUGUUAUCUUUAUGACUCGUGCAUCUAAUGUUUAAAAUCCCCUCAUUGGCACUAUUUUACCUGGGUGCCUCCAUUUUAUUCUCCCUUGUAUGCAAUGUCUGUUGUUUGAUUCUGUAAUGACUGAUGGGUUUGGGGUAACUUAGCUUAACUGAAAUGGCAGUUUGCUUAAGCUCUGCUCAAUUGCCAAUAAUCACACUCCCCAUGACGAAAGUAGUCUCUUCUUUUACUUAUGAAUAGCUAAAAACUGAGGUGAAUUAAAAAAUGAAUGAAAUAAAAGCAGAGUGAAAUAGAGGUACAAAAAGAUUAUUUUAAAACCAACAUGUGAAUUACUGCAGUUCAUACAGAGCUUGACAAAUUUGCUUUGAAUCUAGGAGCCAGCUAAAAAAAGUUAAGAGCCAUAUUGUAAUUUUUUUUUAAACUUACAAGGCUUAAAUAAACCGACAAAAAUAAACAUUUUCAAAAAUAUAGCUUAAUGUAGUGGGUGGGGAGGAAGCUGUGAUGUCCCUGCUGUGCUACACGCGCACAGCUUAGUGAGACUAGGGCCGGAAUAUGACGUCAUAUUCUGGCCCAUGUCUCACUGAGCGGCAACGAAGGAGAGCAGGGACAUCACGGCUCCCUCGCCGCCCACCUAGUAUUUGCGCAGUCAGCCACCUGCCUCUACGACCCCUCAGCAUGCUGUCCGCCUCCACAAUUCCCCAGCCGGAUUUCCGCGCUAGGUAACAGGCUUGCAUAUCCUCGGAGUCAUGGCGACCUGGUGCCUGUGAUUUGUCGAGCUUUGAGUUAAUAUAUGAUGGGGAUGGUGUUGGGAAUGUGUUACCAUGGAAAGCCAAAAUUAAACUUGAGGUCUUUUGAUGUUUUCAUAUCUCUGUUUAUUUAUGUUUAUUAUUCUUUUGUAGCCAUUGUUGACAAGACCAUGGAAAAGUACAUUAUUACUUUCGCAGGAACCCCUAAUAUCAUGAUACAUACAGGGUUAUUCACUAAAGUGAGAAUUGAGAGUGAAUUCAAAGUGGGUUUCAGAUUUAAGGGUGAAGUAGCUGAACCGAAAGCAUAUCUGACUUGGAGAUUUAUUCCUCUUAAAUUUAAAGUUCACUUUGAAUUAUAGCUUUAGUGAAUGCCCCUGAUUUUUAAUUUGAUGCAUUAUGUGCCUGCCAGUAUUAAUAGUCUGAGUUAUUUGAUAAUCUAGGUAUAGGUUAUUUAGGUGGGGGUUAUUUAGGUGUUUUUUGUUUGUUUUCUGUUCUCUAAACAAUUCAAUGAACAUAUUUCAUUUUAGAUUUGCUUAGAGCAUUAAGACACCAAUCAGAAUCAAUAUUUUGCAAAGGCCACUUAUGGUAACUGCUCCUCUUGCAGUGUGGUGGCCCUGGUGGUGCAGGGGAAGAUAAGUUUUACUUACCUGAUCCUGUCCCUCAUAGCUACUGAUAAUUUGAUCUAGUGCAUCCUCUUUAGCUCUUGAUGCUUCAUCUUCUAGAAGUUUACGUCAGUGUGCUACACUCACAAAUGAGCUAAGAGUACAACACUGAUCUCUAUGGAUGGAUCUCAGGAGACUCCAUAGAGAAAGCUUGUUUCCCCAGCCGUUCCUACGGUAGUAAGCGUCAAGCGCAGGAGAAAUACUUUCUUAUAUCUUUUGAUUAUAUUGAAAGUUAAGUGAAAUUCCAAAACAAUCUUUAGAUUUUAUCGUUUAUGAAAUGUGAAUUGGGGGGGUGACAGAACUGCCAACUAAUUUUAUUCUGUAUCUUUUUUUUUUUUUUUUUUAUUGAUUUUAUUUACAGUUCUUUAAAGCUGUACAUUCAGAAUGACUUUGUAUAUAGAUUAGUAAAAUAAACUCAUACAAUUAUUUUACAAGAAAAAGACUGCCUGCCAAUGGUAUAAGUUAGAAUUCUGAGCAGCUUCACAUCUUGAAAUUGUGGACUGUAAACGGUCAAAUAUUAUUUAAACACUAAAGUGGCUUCCCCUUCUAUUUGUUCUGCUACAGGUUUGGUUCCUUUUAGUUAAAUGCAGUUAUCAGAACAUUUAUAUUUAGCAAACCCAGGGAGCUUGUAUGUAAUGUUACAUUAAGCUGCAUCCUCUUCUUUAGGAAGUGUUUGGGGUAGAACCUCUGUUCACUUAUGGCUCAUAGUAGAGGUCAAAUGGGACAAUUCUAACCUUUGACGAGUUCAUGUUCCAUUGUGUAAUCCUUUUCAACUUGCGAAAACUGAGCUCUUUGAUAUUUUGCAAAUGCCAGCAGCAAUGUAAAGUGAUCAAUAUUCAAAUUGUUUAAUUGUUGCCUUUCUUUUGAACAACAAUAUACAGCGUGGGAGAUUUAUGAAAAUGUCACUAAUAGCAUUGUGGUGAAGUGGAGCAAUCACCAUGGAAACCAGCUAUGAAUUUCUGCUGUUUCCCUGGUUACCUUGAUGAUUGCUCCGUUCUUGAAAGGGAAUAAGAAAAUUGUCACGAAUAUCAAGCCCCUGCAGUACAUUUGCAGUGUGAGGAGUGUUGGUUACCAAAUAAUGUGCAUUGGACUAAAGGUUUAAAAAAAGUUAUUUAUUUCUGCACACCUUGCACUCUGUAUUCCUUAUAUACUAUUGAAACUGAUUCGUACGCAUUUUUUUUCUGUGGUUUUCAGGUUUGAUUCAACACUUCUCCUAAAGUGUCAUCAGCUGUCAGAAGAUUGGCAUGUACCAGUAAUUUCUCAUCUUAUGGAGGUUUGACCAGAUCAAAAUUGGUAGUUGUUGUGCAGAAGGACUUUUAAGAGGGGGAAGAAAAUCUGAAAACAAAAGGGAAGAAAAGAUGUCUUCUAACAGGAGUCAGAACCCACAUGGACUUAAACAGAUUGGCCUGGACCAGAUCUGGGAUGACCUGAGAGCUGGGAUUCAACAGGUGUACACCAGACAGAGCAUGGCAAAGGCCAGAUAUAUGGAACUUUACACGUAUCCUUGAAAAUUAUUCAACCAAUAAUGUUUUGUUUUUUUACUGCACAAAAUUACUGGCUUCCUCUGGUGGAUUAAACCUGGAAUAAUGGUUAAGCUAUCAUGUCCUGCGGAAUUAUGCCUGCGUCAGUUUACAGAAAAAGUAUUUAUAUUUUGCCAGUUGGGUCUGUUUGUCAUGGAAGAUUUUAGAUUGGUUUAGCAGAAUGAUCUGAUGUAGCACUGUUGCUUUAAGUCCCCUCCCACGAGGGCUACAUUUAUAUUUUGGAGAGUUUGACUAUUAAGGCUCAUGAUAUUUAUCUUCUGGUUUUACUUUUUUGCUGCCUGUUAUAAAAUUGUAAUAUGUUCUCCUUUUUGGGCCAUUCACAAACUGUUUGAUAGCUGCAGUUACAAAAUCCCUUACCUGUGUAAACACUAUUGAGUCACUUUAUGUGGUGAGGAGUGCAGCACUGGCAAAUGUUGAUGUGAUCAUGGUUUCAUAAUCUGGGAUUUAUCUCCUUAGAAAGUGCAUUCUUGGUCAUUUCUUUCAAAGUGUCCUGCAGAGGCCUUUGUGGUGCUGACGCAUGUGACAUGGGCGUGGGGGAGGGUGAUUAUUAAGGUAAUAUGACCUUUAUGUUCUAUUGUACUUGGACAGCGUGUAUAAAAAGGCACACUCCUUGUUGGCUUUUAUGAUUGUGUAAAUCCACAUGAGAGAGCUGGAAUCUAAAUUUUAUUUUAUUUAUAUAUUUUUAUUUUUUUUGUGUGUGGUUAUUACAGACUAACAGCACAGAGCUGAAGAGUACUUUAUAUUCUACUAAAACACUGGUUCCCAAACCAGACCUCAUGGCCCAGCACUAGUCCAGGAUUGAUGUAUUUCACUUUUAUAUUUCAUCAGAGAUGCUGACAAAGGACAGUUGCUGGACCAUGAGGACUGGUUUGGGAAACACUGUAUUGGAGGUAAAGAACAGACAUAAAAUUUUGCAGGGAACUUGAACCAAAAGUUAGCACACAUUUUAACAAAUUCUUUUUUCAAACACUCUGAAUGAUACCAUAUCAGCCACUUUCAUGCAUUCUCAAACCUGGACAACACUAAUUAGUUAUUUUUAAACAUUUUCAUAACUUCCCAGUCUUUUCCUUAUACAUACAGAAGCAGACACACAUGUCAUAUCCACACAUUCACAAAUACCUACUCUUGUAGCUUGCUAGUUGUUCACCUAUACGCUGAGUCAUAUAGAACUCACAUGCUUGCCAAUAUAUUUAUUCUUCUUUUCCCUUGGUACUCCCUGUCAGUUGUAAGAAGGGAGAACUACAGCUGGUCUCUGAUAUUAAUUGGGUAUUAGUAUGGCUUUGUUAAAUGCAUAAACAGAGAUUGCGUUAACCACUCACUCUUGCUUGGAAUUCUGAAUGUGGCAGCGUUGGUUUUUUAUGGCAGGUAUGAUAGUGUUCCCAUAUCAAAAAUUUGCAAUCUUCUGUGAUGUCACUCAGUGCUCAUGAACUCUCCCAUAUAUGAAAUUUCACACUGGUGUGUCCACUGAAGAGUUUCAGACUUGGGCUAAGCAUGUUGUUGUCACUCAGAAGCUAGUUCUUCUUCAUUCCUUGUUUCAGUUAGUAUGUGAAACACAAUCUGCUUUUAAUGUUUACACAUUUCUGUUAUUGCACAGCUCUGUUACUUGUGAAUUAGUUGCUAUUUUGAGUUCUGGGUUAUAGGGCAGGGCUCAAAAUUAUCACUAGCCAUUGGCAAUUUAUCCCUAAUGAGUAUACCAAGGAAGGACUCUCCAAGUUUGCAGUGAUGAGUAACCUUCAAAGCCUGGCUAGUAGCUUAAGACUUGAAAUGUUACUCCCUGGUUGGGUAUUUUACAUCUAAUUAUUACUCAUUGGAAGAUUGGAUUUCUGUGUGUUGUGGCACUUUAUUCACCUGCUUAAAAACACUCAAAUUAGUAUGACUGCAGUCUUUGAACAUGGAACGUGUUAAUAAAAAAAGGUAACUGGUCAUUCGCUCCUUUGUUCUGCUGAUGACCUGUUGCUAUUAUGUUCUCGUACUCUCAACCAAGACUCAUGCACGUGGGAUUUUUCCAGGUCUGACCCCUCUCCCAGGCAACAUUCGACUCUCCCAAUCACUGCAGUCCUUGAAAAAAAAUACUUAAAAUCAGACUUCUUUAGAGAAUUCAAUCAGCUCACCCCUUAAAGGGACACUGUAGGCAGCCAGACCACUUCAGCUUGUUGAAGUGGUCUGGGUGCUGGGUCCCUUUUGCACUUAAAGGACCACUCUAGGCACCCAGACCACUUCAGCUUAAUGAAGUGGUCUGGGUGCCAGGUCCCUCUAGGAUUAACUGCUAUGUUUAUAAUAGGGUUAAUUUAGCCUCCAAAUCCUCUAGUGGCUGUCUCAUUGACAGCCGCUAGAGGCGCUUGCGUGAUUCUCACAGUGAGAACACGCAAGCGUCCAUAGGAAAGCAUUUUAAAUGCUUUCCUAUGAGGCCAGCGGAAUGCGUGCGCAGCUCUUGCCACGCAUAGCGCAUUCAGCCGAAAGGGAGGAUCAGAGGCGGAGAGGAGGAGAGCUCCCCGCCCGGCGCUGGAAAAAAGGUAAGUUUUAACCCCUUCCUCUCCCAAGAGCCGGGCAGGAGGGGUCCCAGAGGGUGGGGGCACCCUCAGGGCACUAUAGUGCCAGGAAAACGAGCAUGUUUUCCUGGCGCUUUAGUGGUCCUUUAAUGCUGCAAUGUAAAACAUUGCAGUUCCAGAUAACUGCAAUGUUUCCAUUGCAGCUCUAAGUCUGCCCUCUGUGGCUUCCAGAAUCCAAAUGGAAUUUUGGGCCAUUAUCUGAUGCUGGAGGUCCUCAAGGACCUCCAGCGUCAGAUUGUCCCCAUACGAAAGCAUUGAAAAAUGCUUUCCUAUUAGGAGGUCUAAUGCACAUGCGGCCAUUGCCGCACAUUAGGUCUCUCCCGCUGGCUGCAGUUGGCGGGGAAGGAGCGUGGGCAGAGCCUGACCCAGUGCUGAGGUACAUCGGCACUGGAUUCAGAGGGGAUGGGGGGGGCACUCCAGAAAUCUAUAGUGCCAGGAAAACGGGUUUUAACUCCUCGUUCUCAACAACGUUCUUCUGCUAUCUCCAAUCUACUCUCCUCCCAAUCACCUACCCUCAGGCAUAUCAAUAUGAUUUGAUCCCCUCAUUUCCCUCUGUGUAUUUGUCUCUCAUGAUUUUAGAUUAUAAGCUUGUUUUAGGCUGAGCCCUAUUCACCAACUGUUCCAGUAUGUCAAGAGUGUUUAAGCAGAACAGUUUGUCUUAGAUUACCUUUUUUGCAGUGCUGUGGAAUAUACAACUACAACCAAUCCUCCUUGACGUAGUAGUUUUGAAGCAUAGACAUUGUCCCUUUUCUCAGGCAAUUUUAAAUCUUGCCUUUUCUAAGAAACUUUGUUUGCAUUUGUUGGAGCCUCUAGUUGCUGCCAGAGAGACCACUAGUAGAAGUACUUCCUCCUCAAGACCUGUGCAAAUUAAUGGUCAUCGUGUAAUAGCAUGAUGAUGCCAAACACCAUAAAUGCUUCCCAUAGAGAAAUAUUGGAUUUAAUGCUUCUCAGAAGCAUUGCAUUUAUGGAGCAUGUGUCCUGUGGUAUCUGGUACCAAGAAAUUAGCAGCAGAUCCUUAGUCCUGCCAGUUGCAAGGUGGGGACUCUAUGGAACGCAUUUGUUGUUCCAGCACUUUCCACAAAUGCUCAAUCUAAUUGAGAUCUGGGUAAUUUGUGGGCCAGGGCAACUCCUUGAACUCUGUCAUUUUGUGGAAGGGUGCAUCCAGCACAUGAAAUUCAAGAACUGACUGUUCACUUACUGCCUGAUAUAUUGCACCCUUAACAGGUACUAUUGUAACAAUCAAUGUUGUUCACUUCACCAGUCAGUGGUUUUAAUGUGACGGAUCAAUGUAUUUAUAGACUUAAUAUUACACACAUUCACUCUCAAACACUCAUAGAUACACACAAACUGUUGCUCACAGAUAUACAUACUCACUGGGUGUAUGCACUCAAUACACACCCGUACUCUUAGACAUACACAGCUACACAUACACAAUCUGCUACACCUUAUGCCCCCCAGCGUUUGGAUAACUUUCCUGGUAUUCCAGUGUAACCGCUCUGCACCUUUCUGGCAACACUUUGAACAGCCAGAGCAUAUGCGAUUCAUGCCGGUCUUCUUCUCCUGCUCUAUAUCCCCUAUUUGUACCAGAACAUUUAGCUCUGGGCCAUUUUGUGGGCCUGAGUCAAACCCUCCGCCGACACUCCUUGAUGUUAAUGCACAAAUAUGAAAAUGAAAAGCAUGAUCCCAAUCAAAAAUGCACAAAUUAAUAGUAACUCUUUAUUUUAUGUGUACAAAAUAACUACACAUGCAUGUCAGAAUUAAUGCUUGACCAUGAAUAACAUUAUCCUGAACGGCCAAAGCAUCAAUGAUUAUAACUCUCCGUUCGACAGAUAAAAUAAACGAUUCCCAUAGGAAUAAACAGCUUUACAUGAAGAUUCCCUUAGUAAAGUAUACGAAUAUCCAAACAUCAGCUGGAGUCUAGAAGAAGGGUACAACAGAACUGAGCUUCAUUAUGCCACACUGGCUUUUAUGCAAGUCCCCGUGCAAGGGGACAUCCCACAGGGAUGGACAUAGUACAGCCAAUCAUAACUAGAGAAACAGUCCAACACUCCCAGUACAAACAUACAAUUCCUGGACCUGGAGAUAAUUAAGGCAGAUAAAAUAACUUCAUUAUCUCCAGGCAAAAAAAUAAAUUUUCCCCCAACUUUCAGAACACCCCUAAAAACAGGAGGUAUCCCCUUAAAAGUCAUAUCCCCUGACAGCCCUGAUCUGGGUGACCAACACAUCCAAAAAUCACCCAGAUCAGUUCAGAGCUUUUCGAAUUCCAUGGAAGUCCCAGGCGACUGGCCAACCACGAGGCUGACUCCCAAAACAGCUCCACGAGCCUGGGUGGCCUUGCCGGUCUAUUUUGUGAAGUUGAAAUAAACGAACAAUCCCACGAACGGUUCCCCCUGGCUCCCAGCAGCGAUUGCUCCCCUAAUACGAAUGAACAGAAGUACCGAACAGCGCUCUCCUAGCCGUUCGGGAAACGAAGAUCCAGCGUUCGUACGCCGGGACCGGUGUUCGGGAAGUCGCGUGUCCGAUUUUAGUUCGAGACACUCGACGACCAUGUCCCGCUGCCUUUGUUCGCACAAACAAGAUGUCCGCUGUUUUCUCAGCAACGUGGCAUUUGGCAAUACGAACGGCGGCCGCACAGGUAGAGGGUUUAAUUGAGGCAUGCUUUUGAAGCCGAGCCAGGGGGGUGGUCUCUGCCCGGCAGUCACGUACACCGAAUGAAAAAAGGGGAGAAAUAAUGAAUACAAAGAGGGAUUUCUUCACACCUAAGCUCAGUGGUGACAAGCUAGUAGUAGAAAAAUAACAAAUUAAUGUCAGCCUGCUUUAAAAUAGUUCCUUAACUCUGGUUUUACUUUUCCACCAUUAAGAUAUAGAUCAGCAUAUUUUUUAAUUAUGUAGUCCUACAAAUCUACAUAAUUUAAUGCAGUUGUAAGACACUCUGCAGAGAGAGUGGGUGCAUAAUGCUUUUUACACCAUAACGUAGCCAUCUCUACAGAUCCAGAUUGGCAUACUUAAUUGCAUUCCUGUGCAUUAUUUUCCAGUUUUGUUUAGCCUUAUGAGCAGUAACAAACGUUUACUUUUUGUUUUGGAAACUUAAUACUAUGGGCCAGAUUUAUCUAGGCAAAACAUGUUCUGAGUACAAAUGCAAUGUGCUAAAUGUUGAGAAAUUAUAUUGGUUUCUAUGGUGUAUGCUCCUUAUUUAACACUGUGCCCUAAAAUACAACCUGUUUUGCCCUUUAUAAAUCUAGUCUUUGUUUCGGGCAUUGCAAUUUCUCAAACCAGAUUGUUUGUUUGUUGUCAAUAGUCUAGUAACCUAGUGCCAAUGCUGUAGUGUUUAUUUCUGAUUGAAUGCAUAAACAGUUUGUAAGAUACAAUUCUGGUGGCCAUGUAAUUUCUUAGAUGGUUUUGAAAGAGAAACCGUGACAGAGGAGCUGUUACCGUGUAAAUAUGCAGUAUUCGAAAGUAAUCAACUUGUGAGUAGAGCUGCUGGUUUUAGCUUUACACUUGUUCCAGGACUGUAACCUGUCAGCUGCUUAGGGAUUAGGCAGAAACUUGAGUAAAAAGUGUUUCGGGGGGUGUGUGUGCGCUUUGGGUUCAUGUCCUUUUUAUAGACCACCUGCUUUUCCUUGUGAUAGGACAGAUUCAAACAUUUCAGUAUCCAAUGUUUGUAAACAACUAAAAUAAUGGGAUUUUUUUCUUCUUUUUUACUUAGCUUAUAAAACAUAUACGUGUGUGUUCACUCUAUUCCAACAAGCAUAUCUUGUCUUCAAACCCUGUACUGAUGAGUAAGUAAGGAUGUUUGCCAUUUUGUACCAAAGGGGCCAGUAUAUUAGAUUGGAGUGCAACUAUUAGCUUGUCAUGAAGUCUAUACCAAUUCGAUAAACUGCAAUAUGGAUGUAAAGUUUGGCUAAUUAGAUUAGGAGUGUGUGGGGGCAGAAGCAAGUUUGUGCUCAGGUGUGAUUUCAGGGAGAACCUAAGCUUGUCUCGCACAUAAGUGCGUUUCUGAUAAGAUAUAAGCAAGCCCCUCUCUGCAAGGUUAAAACAUCCGUUUAUAGCUUCAGCCUUUUUAUAUAUUUUUUUGCCUGAUCAUUGUUGAUGUUCAUGUAAACACAUGGUCCAUGAGUUGUGUUUUUUUCCCUCCCCCAAUUAAAGAGCAUUCAAUACUGUAUCCUAUUUUACCGACUGCCAGUUCGUGGAAAAUAAAUGGCACAGCUGGAUAUGUUGACGUUUAAUUGCAAUGUGUCAUAGUCUUUGGGCAUGUAUUUCAUUUAGCUUGCCCUACAUCCGACUGUAAUAAAUGUGUUUACGCUGUGAACACACCCUCCACAGUAUGAAACACAAAAGUGUUUGAAUUUCCUUAACUUCUCAAGCUUUAUCUAGCUUUUUAAAAAUGUCACAUAUUGCAUCUGAUUGUGAAAUGGUUUGACAUAACAAGGAACAUGUGCCAUGUUAAAGAAACACUGGGCAUCUUUGAUGUGGUUAUGAUGGCUGUUGUACCCUGGUGCCAUCCUCAAGUAUAAUUUUGUUCUGUAGAACUAGACAAUCUAAACAUAUAUAUUUUUUUACAAGUAAUUUUUAGAUUAUAAAACGAACACUCCCACCACCUAAUUAAUUCACGUCUGAAUGUGCAUGAAUUAGGUUGGCUGAAUAGGAGGGUGGUCUUUGGGUGCUGGGCAGAACCCUGCUUUGUUUGGGGAAAGUGGGAUUGUAUACAUCUAUGCAGUGAGAGUUUUGCUUAUUCAAAAAGCCAGUUGCAAGUGUUCAGAAAUUUGGAAUACCUCUAGGUGAUUUGGAUAGAUUUACAGUAGAAAUAUUUAGUUACUUCUCUCUUUUGUUUACAACAAAGCAGAAGAUAGUUUCUCAUUCAAUUUGUAACAAAGAAAAGUAAUAUAAAAGUUUUCAACUUUUAGUUUGAGGUUUCUAAACACUUGCAUUCUGUUUUAAAUGUAUUAUCUGAGGAAAUUCUUACCCAUAAGUCAGUGUUUCCCUCUCAUUAACAAGUUUGGUUAAAGGAGCUCUAUAGUGUCAGGAACACAACUAUAUAUUCCUGAUCCUAUAGUAUUAAAAACACCAUCAAGCUCCCCUAAGUAAAGCAUCAUCUUUCCUUUAUUACAGUCUGCUGCUGCUGACUCUGUCCCUGAUCUGCCUGCUGUCUGCUGACAUCAGAAGUGGUGAUUUUAGCCAAUCACAAUGCUUUCCCAUAGGAUAUUGGAUUAACCAAGACUGUCAAGGAAGCAGAUCAGGGGCAGAGACAGCACAAGUCAAACACAACCAUCAUCAGCAUCUCAUCACAGAGAUGCAUUCAAUCAAUGCAUCUCUAUUAAGGAAAGUUUGUUUCCAUGCAGAUGGUGGAGACUCUGAAUGGCAGUGCUGCAAAGCCCCAGUAAGCAUCUCUUCUAGUCAUAUGAGGAGUGGCAAGUGGAGGUAUCCCUAGGCUGUAAUGUAAACAUUGCAUUUUCUCUGAAAAAGGUGUUUACUGCAAAAAGUCUGAAGGGAAUGAUUAUACUCGCCAGAACAAAUGCAUUAAGCUAUAGUUGUUCUGGUGUCUAUAGUGUGUUGAUCAGCAACCUGUUUUCUGUUGAAUUAAAAGGUUACAUAAAUCACCAUAAACACUUAAGGUUUUUGAAGUAAUUCUGGUUCAGGUACCCGGUCAGUGCAGCAUUUCUGCUAGAAAUGUUGCCAAUUUAGAAUGUAUUUAUUUUUUGUUUUGUUUUAGCCAGGUUGUAAUUCAAUCUCUUGCUCCCCUUGCUGUGCAGGAAUUAAUGGGUUUAAGUAAUUCUUCCUUGCUAGGGAGUGCAAAGAGCUGUGUGAAGUUGGCACUUAAUCUUUUUAAGACAAAUUAUACCAUUUGUUUGUGCAGCAGUUUGUGCAGGGGGGAGAUUUGGGGCACCUCCACGUUAAUGUGGUUCUGUGUUUUUAUCCCUGGAUCUGGUCUUGAUGUUAAUCAGGACCUUGCGAAUUGUGUCUGUGUACAUACUAAGACAGAGGCAAAAAUGUUAAAAACAAAAGUUUGAACGAAAGUCUGAACAGUGAGCCGGAGAGUUUGACUCUGGGUAGGCCAGUGUGGGUGGUCUCAUAUGCGGUCGCAGUCAGGUCCCUGAGUCUGUGCGUGGGGUUCGAGGAGUGAAAGACCUUGUAGUGGCUGGGUCUCCUAUCUGGGAUAGUCUUGUCGUAGCAUUGGUCUUGGGUAUAUCCGGUAGCCCCAGGAGAGUGAGGAUUGUGAGUAUGACGGCCUCCGAUGUGGUUCUGUGGGUAGUCCCACAGCAGGGCCCUCGGCAUUCCCCAUCUGUAUUGUAUGCCUGCUGUCCUCAGGCGUCCUGUUAGGUGUUGCAGUGAUCUCCGCCAGUGUAGCGUAGCCCUAGUUAAGUCCUGGAAGAAAAGUAGUUGGGAGUUUUCGAAUGGUAGGGGGGCUCUUGCCUUUCACUGCUGUCAUUAUUGCUACUUUGUCUUGAGAAGUGGCACAUCGCAGGAUGACGUCCCGUGCUUCUGUGGCAGGUGAGUAAUGCCCUGCCGGUAAGUGAUAUAUGCCCUCCAGUACUAGUUGAUGGCAGCAGGAUGAUGUCCAUAAGUCUUCUUAUAAAAUUAGGUAUCUCUUCUGAAGUGACUUCUGUCGGCACUCCCCUAAAUUUGAUGUGGUUGCGACGCAGGUGGUCCUCCUGGGAGGCCACCUGUAUCGCUAGUGCUUUGUGGGCUGUUUGCAGAGAUUGCAGGGCGUCUGUAAGAUUCGAUACCCCGCUGUUUAGUGUUUGAAUGACCCUUUCCAUAGCGCUCACCCACUCAGUAGUUUGGCGCACGUCUGCCUUCAGGGUUUCGAUAUCCGCGGCCAGCAAGUUCUCUAUCUCAUGCAUCCAUUGCUGCAGGUUUUUGUUUUAUGGCGAAGGUAUGGUCCCUUGAGUCUCUGUGGGCCGGGAGUGUGUUUUGCAUACUCCAGUCUCCGCUCGCUGCUCCGGCGAGUGAGCUGUCAGUGUCUGAGCUGGGGAGGCCUCUGUGGCGGCCAUCUUGGGUGGUGCUUGCCUCUGUAACAUCACUCCGAUGUCUGGCUGGUCGGCGGCUGAGGCCGGCUGCAGCUUCUGCGUGCGGCGCCUCGUUGUUGCAGAGGUGUCGCUAGGUGUUAGAAUGUCUUUCUCCUCUGGAUCUAGCUUGUAGUGCGCCCCGAUGCCGCCUAGGAGAGUCUCCAAACUGUGGCUUGCCGACGUGAGGUAGGCCCGGUUUUUACUUUUCACAUUGCCUGUCUUUGGUGGCUGAAAGAAAGGCAUCGAUCUGUUCCGCUGUCACUUUGUGGGCUUAGCUUAGUCGAGUAUGAUGCCCGGGAUAGUUGCUGAUUAGGUGCUGCAAGGUUGGAAGCUGAUAGAUAUGGAGUCUGUUCAGCUUUGCUCCAAAGCCCCGCCCCCCAGCUGACUGGUUUUUAACACUAUGGGGUCAGAAAUACAAGUUUGUGUUCCUGACACUAUGCACUGGGGUUGCUAUGAACUCCCUAGCUAGCACUUCUAGUUCUGAUGCAGAGUUUGCUUUAACUCUGAUGCCGAGUUUGCUUUAAGUUCAUUGGCUAAGCAUCAAAUUAAUUUAUUGAGCUAAGCCAGGGCUCGACAAACCCAGGUCGCCAUGACGACCAGGAAAUUUGUCCUGACGCCUGGGAUUUGUGACAGGCAUGUGGACAGGCAACUUGUGGAGAGCUCAGGGAGGCGGGUGGCUGAUUGUGAAGGUGCCCUGCAGUGAUGCUGGACCUGGAAUAUGAUGUCCCUCUGACCCCUGCAUCACUAAACGACGCUCUAGGGAGCAGAGCAGCUGAACCACUCCAGCUGUCCCAUAGGUAGAACCUGUUUGAGGCUGGGUGGACAUGUUUAAAAUAAACAUAUCAUUUGUGAGUGUGUCUCUGUGUACCAAAUCUCUGUUGGUCUGUGUGUGUCUGUCAGUCUGUGAGUGUUUGUUUAGGUGACGUUUUACUCGCCAUUUUUCCCAAGCAGUGCUCAUGAUGCCGCGGCUAGCCCCACCUCUACAGCUGAAAUCCUCAGUCUUGACGAUCUCUGCCAAUCCAAUGUUUCACCAUAGGAAAUCAUUGGGAGACUAUUACGCAUGCAAGACAAAAUGCAAUGCUGCGCCAAUCAACUGCUCUUAGAGAUGCAUUGCAUCCCUAUGGGAAUCUUUAAUGUAGGGGCUGCACAGUGCAGCACUGACCCAGGAAGUACAUCUAGUGGCCAUCUGAGUGACUGUCAUUAGAGGUGUUACUAGGCAGCAAUGUAAACACUGCCUUUUAUCUGAAAAGACAGUGUUUACACUGAAAAGCGUGCAGGGACUGGAUAUAGACUUAAACUAGUUACAUAGGCUGAAAAGAGACAUGUGUCAAUCAAGUUCAGCGUUCCUCAUAUUUGUUUUUUUACUGUUGAUCCAAAAGAAGGCAAAAAAAAACGUUUUGAAGCACUUCCGAUUUUGCUACAUACUAGGAAAUAUAUACUCUCUUCACCCCAGAAUGGCAGUCAGAUUAAUCCUUGGAUCAAGAAGCAUUUACCCUACAUUGAAAAAUUAUAUCCUUGAAUAUUCUGUUUUUGCAGGUAUGCAUCUAGUUGUUGUUUAAACAUCUGUAUGGACUCUGAUAAAACCACUUCUUCAGGCAGAGAAUUCCAUAUCCUUAUUGUUAUGGUUAAAAAAAAAAACUUUCUUUUGCCUUAGACUUAAAUUUCAUUCUUCCAGUCUAAACGCAUAACCUUAUGUCGUAUGCAAAAUCCUGUUUGUGAAUAGAUUUCCACACAAUGGUUUGUAUUGGCCACGAAUAUAUUUGUAUAAUGUUGUCAUAUCCCCUCUGAGGCAACGUUUUUCCUAAACUAAAAGAGGUUAAAAUUUGUUCACCUUUCUUCAUAGCUAAAAUGUUCUCUUCAUUUUAUUAAUUUUAGAGCCGUCCUCUGCACUCUUUCUAGUGCCAUAAUAUCCUCCUUUAGAACAUGUGCCUAAAAUUGCACAUCAUAUUCAAGAUGUGGUCUUACCAGCGAUUUAUAAAGAGGCAAAAUGAUAUUCUCAUCCCGAGAAUUAAUGCCAUUUUUCAUGCGUGACAAUACCUUACUGGCCUUAGCCACUGCUGAUUGACAUUGCACAUUGUUGCAUAGUUUGUCUAUAACAAUUCCCAAGUCCUUCUCGUUUGUGGCUAUCUCUAAUUUGCUUCCAAACUACAUUAAUCCAUCUCUUGUAUCAUGUGCUUGUUGCACGUAUGUAAGUCUAUAGUUUCGCUAAAUUCCCACGUGCAUUUAUUUAUUUUCUCCUUAGGGGAUGCUGUAGGCAGCCAGACCACAUUGGCUAUUGAAGUGGUCUGGGUGCACUGUCCCUUUUUCACUUAGUGCUGCAAUGUUAAACAAUGCAGUUUCUCUCCCAGACAUCCACAAGAGGGCUUCCUGGAUUGAAACUGACCUUUGGUCCGGUAUCUGACUCUGGACGUCCUCACGCUCUGCAAGAGGGCAUCAGCGCUAGAUUUUCCCCAUAGGGAAGCAUUGAUUCAGUGCUUUCCUAUGGGGAGGUCCAAUGCGUGCGCGGGACGUCGGAGAAGGCGGAGCGUUGACCCUGCGCCGACGGACAAGGGAGCUGGGAUCAGGUAAGUAAAUAGUUUUUAACUUUUUAUUUACCUUGGGAUGUGCACGUGAGGGAGGGACGAGGGGAGGAACGAUAGUGCCAGGAAUACAGCUUUGUAUUUCUGGGACUAUAGCAUCCCUUUAAGAAAAUGGCACAUGCACAAAAAAAACUUGUAACUGUAAAAUGUCCUGACGUUAUCUCUCAUUGUUUCAAUGAUUUAGAGACUGUGGGUUUAUGAAUAGAAAGUGUUGGAGAUGGGUACGGAGGCUCUUCGACUGAUAUACUUGAACUUCUAUAUAAUGGUGGGGAAACAUGGUAUUUUUAUUUUGUCACUUUGGGGUUAGUCCUUGGCUAUGAGAAUUAAAAACUGAAUUGAGGCUUAAAAGCUUGCAGUUAAUUCCCCCUCAAUUAACUGUUAUAGAUAUAUAACUUUUUUUUGUUUUUCCUUUUCCAUUUGCAAAUGUCCUUUUUCUGUUUGGCGUCUAUACACCUAAUAUAACUUCCAUUUAUUCCUUGACAUAAAAGUUUAGUCACGUUUAUAACUACUGCACCAGUGUACAUCAGUCAAAUCAAGCACGAGGAGCUGGCUUACCUCAGUCAAAAUCAAAAAAAGGACAGACACCUGGAGGAGCCCAGUUUGUAGGGCUGGAACUGUACAAACGACUAAAAGAAUUCCUGAAGAAUUACUUGACAAACCUCCUCAAGGUAAGCUCUUCUGCUAACCUUUGUCAGCAGGUUGCCAAGCACAAGUUUGUAAGAAAAUUCAGAUGUUUCUAUGGAUGAAUUGGCAAUCUAAUUCAGAAUAGCAGUUAUAGAAACUGACGUAUUGUAUGGUAUACAAAAGUAGUGACCUGUAUUAGUGCUUAUUUUAACCCCUUAGUGACCAGACCAUUUUUUAAAUUUUCUUACCGUUUGGGACCAGGGCUGUUUUUACAUUUCUGCGGUGUUUGUGUUUAGCUGUAAUUUUCCUCUUACUCAUUUACUGUACCCGUACAUAUUAUAUACCGAUUUUUCUCGCCAUUAAAUGGUCUUUCUAAAGAUACCAUUAUUUUCAUCAUAUCAUAUAAUCUACUAUAAAACAAUUAUAAAAUAUGAUUAAAAAAACCACAAUUUUUCUAACUUUGACCACCAAAUCUGUUGCGCAUCUACAACUGCCAAAAAAACACCUGUGCUAAAUAGUUUCUAAAUUUAAGACCUUGCUGUUUCAAAAUAUAUAUAUUUUUUAAAUGCAUUAAAGGACCACUAAAGGCACCCAGACCACUUCAGCUUAAUGAAGUGGCCUGGGUGCCUGGUCCAGCUAGGGUUAAUGACCUUUUUUCUAUAAACUUAGUUUCAGAGAAACUGCUAUGUUUAUAAAUGGGUUAAUCCAGCCUCUAGUGGCUCUCAUUGACAGCCGCUAGAGGGCUUUCCGCGCUUCUCACUGUGAUUUUCACAGUGAGAAGACGCCAGCGUCCAUAGGAAAGCAUUGUAAAUGCUUUCCUAUGAGACUGGCUGAAUGCGCCCGUGGCUCUUGCCGCGCAUGCGCAUUCAGCCGAAGAGGAGGAGGAGAGCUCCCCGCCCGGCGCUGGAGAAAGAGGUAAGUUUAACCCCUUCUUCUCCCCAGAGCCUGGCGGGUGGGGGCACCUUCAGGGCACUAUAGUGCCAGGAAAACGAGUAUGUUUUCCUGGCACUAUAGUGGUCCUUUAAUAGUGACAUUGUAACACUGUUAUCUGUCAUAAAUCUGAAUCACACCUCAAAAAAAAAAAAAAAAUAUAUAUAUAUAUAUAUAUAUUAUAUUUUAUAUAUUAUAUUUUUUUUUUUUUAGACAACCCAGGGUAUUCAAUAUGGGGUAUGUCUAGUCUUUUUUAGUAGCCACUUAGUCACAAACACUGGCCAAAAUUAGCAUUUAUAUUUGUGUGUUUAAAAAUGCGAAAAAACUAUUAUGAACGCUACUUUUGGCCAGUGCCAAGUAGCUACUAAAAAUGAUUGGACAUACCCCAUAUUAUAUACCCUGGGUUGUCGUCUUUUGCAAAUAGUAUGCCAUCAAGGGGGUAAUUCUCAUUCCUGUGUUACAUUACGCUCUCAAAGGCAACAAAAACAAUCUGGCAAAUUUCAAUGUGAAAAAAAUGAAAAUCAUGCCUUAUAUUUGACCCUGUAACUUUCAAAAAUACUAUAAAACAUGUACAUGGGGGUACUGUUAAAAUCGGGAAACUUAGCUGAACACAAAUAUUAGUGUUUCAAAACCGUAAAACGUAUCAUAGCAAUAUCAGUGUGUGUGUGAAAAGUCACUUUCACUGACAAUAUCACCACUGCAAUAUGUUUUAUAUUAUUUGUGUAUUUACAAGGACUUUCCUAGUUGAAUCGUGUGUGUUUUUAUUUUAAUAUAUAUAUAUAUAUAUAUAUAUAUAUAUAUAUAUAUAUAUAUAUAUAUAUAUAUAUAUAUAUAUAUAUAUAUAUUUAAACACAAAUACACACACCAGUCAAGCCAUAAAGCUUGGUUUUCCCACAGAAAUCUCACUUUAACAGUGCUUUCACUACCGCAAGGGAUUCUGGGUAAGCGUAUGCAAAUGAGCUCGUGCUCAUGAGUUGCAUUAACAACGAAACAGCUGUCCAUGAGUGGUUCACUUGCUUUGCUACUCUUGCUGAGUUGUGUAUUAAAGCUGUUGUAUACAGCAGACACAUACUUCAAGGAAUCCAUGUAUAAAGUGGAAUUGAGGCAAAAACAUGGUUUUGUUGAGCUCAUUUGCAUACGCCUACCCAGAAUCCCUUGCGGUAGUGAAAGCACUGUUAAAGUGAGAUUUCUGUGGGAAAACCAAGUCUUAUGGCUUAAUUGGUGUGUAUUUGAGCGAUCAAAUGGUCCGUGGGGACUUAAUCUGCCGAGGGUGGACUCUCUGGGCUGUCGGUCUGCCCAGAAUGAUAGGAACGCCAAUUGGCGGCGAUCAGGUAAGUAAUUAGGAAUUGCCGAGGGGGAGGGACUGGGCACGUCCGCGGUCCUUAAGGACUGUUUGUCGGACGUGCCUAGUACGUCCUCAGUCGGGAAGGGGUUAAAAGAGAAUUUUCCAAUUGUGAAUACCAAUUGUUUAACUUUUUAGCUGCUUACCCAGUGUGAUGUUCUCCCCUCAUUCACACCCCAUCAAUAAACCUCAAAACAAAAAUACAGUGUAGUGCUUAGUUGCAGUUAACAAGUGAGAUAAAUGGGAUACAUACAAUUCCUUUCAAACGAGCAUCUUUGCAUCAAUAGAAAAUACUUUUUUUCUUUAAACGUGUAAAAACCUUUAACCGUAAAAACAUAAAAUGAUAUACAAUAAUGUUGAUCAGUGUAUAGCAAUAUUGGGGUAUAUUUGGUGAGACAAAUUAACACUCACACUUUCUUGAGUUAAUCACUUUGCUCUAGUGGGAACAGCUUUGGGUGACUAUUCUCAACUUAAUGAUGUAAUCCUGUAGUCUGUCCUGGAUAAUGACUCAGAGAAAAUACGAACAUAGGGUAACGUAAUAUACUAGAAAUCCAAGCUAUAUCACAAGUGAAUACUCACAAGGAUGGAGCCGAUAUUAUGCUCGAUCUAUAUGCAGUGUGUGGUUUGGGGCCAAACUCUUGGUCCACACUACUAAUUGCCCAGCUGAUGAAGCCCUGUAUGUAAGUGACGAAAUGCGUUCUGGCAAAAGUGAGAGUUGCCAAUUUGUUAUAUUUGUUUUAAUAUUCAAUAAAUAUAUUAUUAAUUAUACACUUGGCACCAUAUUCCUGCUACAACUAAAGAGGGGAGUGUGGACCCAAACCACACACUGCAUAUUCAUCAAGCCUAAUCUCGACUCCAUCCUUAUGAGUAAUCACUUGUGAUAUAUCUUUGUUUUCUUGUAUAUUACGUUACCCUAUGUUCGUAUUUUCUCUUAGUCAUUAUCCAGGACAGACUACGUGAUUACAUCAUAUUGUAUGGUAUGUUUAUUGUCCUGCAUUCUUGUAAUUGUUGGCAUCUGUUUUGAAAUACUAGUUUUUCACACAUUUGGUUUUAUGCUUGCAUUUUCUAUCUAAGCAUAGUUAUAAAUCGGGCAUUAUUGGGGAGAUUUUCGUCUCGCCUAGUGUGCUAGUUUAGAAGUAUUGCUGUUUCUCACUAUAUCACUCAGAAGAACUUCAGAGAGGGACUCCUAUCUAGGCAGAGAACUGAUCUGUAAAACAAAGGCAUCUUCCUCUUGGCACCUAGUGUCCUGCCAGCCACAGGUUUUGCAGCUACUAUUCUACUUUGCCACUUUUACUCGGAUAUUUAAAGGGACACUCUAGUCACCAGAAUAACUACAGCUUAAUGUAGUUAUUUUGGUGUCUAUAGUCGGUCCAUUCUUAUAUUGACAAUCAAAAGGAGUGGUUUGUUUUGUUUUUUGGACAAUGUUCACGGAUUUCUCAAAUGGUACUCAAAAAAAAAAAAAGUAUGCUAAAUCAUAGCCACAUGUUCGUUCUUAGUGCAUUGCUCUUGACUGACAAUGCUAAACAAGUGUGCUCUAGAAAACACUUCUCAUAAUACAUAGUAAUAGUGCUACUUUGCCUUGGUGAAAAAAAUGUACACUGUUAAGUCAUAAGCAAACAUUUCCAGCUAUUACACAGUAUUACAAAUAUUACAGCCAUUGAGAUGAAGUGGUAUUGGUUUUAGCUAUGCAAUGUCAAAUAUUGCCUUUUAGUAGAUACAGUAGUGUCUUCAUUGCAGGGUUUGUAUAUAAAGAGCAGUUGAUUGGAACAGCACGGCAAAAUGCUGCGUAUGCGCACUUGCCUUCCAUUGCAUUCCUGUUGAAGCAUUUGAUUGUCCAAGUUCAUUAAGAUUGAUCUGUUGAGGGCAACAUGCCCAGGAUAAAAUAAAAAAAAAAAUCGAAUUUUUAACUCUUCAAGGGAGGCUAAACAUCUAAAUAGUGAGAAGAACACUAGUGUUAGGUAUAGAAACAUGUAUUCCUAACACUAUCAUGUUCCUUUAACAUCAAAAAUGUGCAGCUCGUCAUCUGCUCUAAAUUGCAUGCAAGUCUACACAAAGUACACAUAGCUUUAAAUGGACACAAUAGUCACCAGAACUACAGCUUAUUGUAUUUGUUCUGGUGAGUAUAAUCAUUCCCUUCAGACUAUUUACAGUAAACGCUAUUUUAUUUAUUUUUCUUCAGAGAGAAGGCAGUGUUAACAGCUUAGGAAUAUACCUCCACUGGCCACUCCUCAGAUGGGUACUAGAAGUGCUGCACAGUGUCUCCACCCUAAGCAUGUAGACACUGAACUUUCUUCAUAGAGAUGCAUUGAUUGAGGAGAUUCCAGGGCUGUGUUUGGCUUGUGCUAGAUCUGAUCCUGAUCUGCCUUAUUGAUUGUCUCAGCCAAUCCAUGUUUUCCACUGGGAAAGCAUUCUGAUUGGUUCAGAUCAUAACUUCUGAUGAUGUCAGCCAAGCAUGCAGCUCAGGGGCAGAGCCAGCAAUAGCAGACUGAAAUAAAGGUAAGAUUUUACUACAUUUAAGAUAGUGUUUUUAACACUAUGGGGUCAGGAAUACAUGCAUGUUAAAGGAUCACUAUAGUGCCAGGAAAACAUACUCGUUUUCCUGGCACUAUAGUGCCCUGAGGGCGCCCCCCACCCUCAGGGACCCCCUCCCGCCGGGCUCUGGGGGGAAGGAAAGGGUUAAACUUACCUCUUUCUCAAGCGCCGGCCGGGAGCUCUCCUCUCCUCCCUCUUCUUCCGUCACCGGCUGAAUGCGCAUGCACGGCAAGAGCCGCGCACGCAUUCAGCCAGUCCAUAGGAGAGCAUUCACAAUGUUUUCCUAUGGACGCUGUCGUCUUCUCACUGUGAAAAUCUAAUAGAAGCGCGGAAGCCCUCUAGCGACUGUCAAUGAGACAGCCACUAGAGGCUGGAUUAACCCUAAUAUAAACAUAGCAGUUUCUCUGAAACUGCUAUGUUUAUAAAAAAAGGGGUUAACCCUAGCUGGACCAGGCACCCAGACCACUUCAUUAAGCUGAAGUGGUCUGGGUGCCUAUAGUGGUCCUUUUUUUUUUUUUUUAUACACAACUAAAUACUAGAGCUGAAUCAUGUGGGCCUGGCAAAUGUCUCAAAAGGGAAUUUCUGUGGAUAGAGCACCUGAUGGUAGUACCCAGACCCAUAGCUACAUCCUUCAAGGUUUUUACCAAUCCUUGAAUCUCCUGAACAAAUUUGUAAUGCAUCAAUAUGGAAAAAUUUGCAGGACUUUAGUAAACCUUGCAAGUUGUGAUCUGUCUCUAGGGAAAUUUAGCAUUGAGGUCCACAGUCUUUCUCUUGUCUUCUCUUUGUAUUUAAUUCACAGGUGAAAAAAAAUAUUUUUCUAUAUUGCUAUGCAUAUGUAUUUCUUGUUUAUCGCUAUAUUAACGUGUGAAGCUUAAGCGCUUUAAACUUGCAGAUAUAAGAGAUUUAACUAGUUCUAAUAGCAGAAGAGAGUACAAAACUUGGAAAAAGUAGCAAGGUCUAGACUUUGUUUAAUCGGAAGCGUGAAUGAGUUGUAGAUAUUUGAAUAGCUUUGCAGCAGAUUUGAUAUAGAGUAAUUAAUGGUGUGAAUUUAAAAGAAAUAUACAUCAUCUAACAGCCUGUAUUUAGAUAUGUCUUUGGUAGAUUAAAUGAGCCAGCUGCGUUAUAUGUUCCAUUAAGUCUGUUUUUUCUUUAUAUUUCUUGAGAAUCCAAAUUUUCUUUGCUAUUUUCAGGAUGGAGAGGAUUUAAUGGAUGAAAGUGUAUUAAAAUUUUACACCCAACAAUGGGAAGAUUAUCGGUUUUCAAGCAAAGUUUUGAACGGUAUCUGUGCAUACCUCAAUCGACACUGGGUUCGACGUGAGUGUGAUGAAGGCAGAAAAGGAAUAUAUGAAAUUUACUCCGUAAGUCUUUGAGUGUUUCAUGUAUUAUCACACAAGUUACUGAAAUAAAGUUGUUUAAUCUUGCUGAACACCCCUAUAAAAACUGGGUUGAAUUAUUUAAAUACAAAUAUAUAUAAUUUUAAAAAGAAAGUUGUUGUUUUUAAAGGACUACUAUAGUCACCAGAACAACUUUAGCUUAUUGUAUUUGUUUUGGUGAGUAUAAUCAUUCUCCCCAGGCUUUUUGCAGUAAACACUGUGUUUUCAGAGAAAUGUUUACAUUAGAACCUAGGGAUACCUCCAGUGACCACUCCUCAGAUGGCUGCUAGAGAUGCUUCCUGGGGCAGUGCUGCACAAUAUCCAGCACUGACAUUCCGUGUCUCCACCAUCUGCAUGAAGACACUGAACGUUCCUCAUAGAGAUGCAUUGAUUCUAACUCAACUGUUAGAAUUGAGAGGGAGACUUGGAUUAUGUGAGAUGAGUCGGACACCUAGGAGAGCGGGGCACCUGGGUGAGAUAGACAUCUGGAUGAGAAGGAGACCCGUGAGAGAGGGGCACUUAGGUGAGAGGGAGACCUAGUGUUAGGUGUAAAUGGCUCGUUUGAUUCAAUGCAUCUCUAUGAGGAGAUGCUAAUUGGCGAGGGCUGUGUUUGACUUGUGCUAACUUUGCCCCUGAUUUGCCUCCUGAACAUUCUUAGCCAAUCCAAUACUUUAGUAUGGGAACUAUUGUGAUUGGUUUUGAGCAACACCUCUGAUGUCAGCCAAGCAGGUGGAUCAGGGGCAGAGCAAGCAGCAGUAGACUGGAGUAAGGGUAAGAUUAUACCAUAUUUAGUGGGUCAGAGGGGCUAGAUGGUGUUUUUAACAAUAUAUGGUCAGGAAUACAGGUUUUUGUUCCUUUAAGUGAUCUUGGGUCUUUAGAACACCUAAUAGACUAUGAUCACUUUUUCUCUCCUGGCAGCACGCAUUGUGAUGGUAUCAGCUGUCAUCAGGGGGAUGUAUGUCCCUUUGGUAAUACUGGUAGCAUAACCUUUGCAAUACCAAUCUGACUUCUAUUGGGCAAAGAAUGUACCUGGCGAUAACACUGAAAUGUGUUGGUCAAAUCAGAGUCCUCUUUGGUCAGACAAGCACAGCCCCCAUCUAUGGGAUACUUAAAAUGGCAGUGCUUGAGGAGUAAACUUGGGAAAUGUGCUGCUUGAGUGAUGGUUUUACUUUUAGGCUUGGUAUUUUUUUUUUUCUUAGUCUGCCUUGCAGAUGCUUGACAAUACAUUUUAACUUUUUUCACUCUUUCCUCCUUCUCAGCUUGCAUUAGUUACUUGGAGGGAUUGUCUCUUCCGACCCUUGAAUAAACAGGUGAAUAUUUAAUUUAUUAUUCUAUAAAUAUAUAGUAGUAGUAGUAAAUAGUAGUAAUAUAUAGUAGUAUAGUAGUAAUUGAAGUCAUUGUCCAUACAGGUACUCUAUUUCUCACAAAAUAUACUAGAAGUGCAAAAAGUGUUUUCAUGAGUUUUGAUGGUGUACACAUCCACAUGAUUGGUUUAAUUUAUGUUUAUGAUGACACGGUAAUACAAGCUCUCUAAUAUCGGACAACUGAACUGUAUUUUAUAUAAAUCUUUACUUAAAACUGGAGACAAAGGUUAUUUACUAAAAAAAUACUCAGUCUCCAUGGGUGAAGGUCCCCCCCAAUAUAAAACAUGUAAAUGGAAGUCAAGUCUACCUUUAAUUCUUUAAUUUUCUUUUUAUGUAAAGUAUAUAUGUAAAGCUUAUAUUAAAAUGUGUGUGUGUGUGUGUGUAUAUACACAUUAAAGACUGAACUAAUAUUUUAGGAUUUAAUGUAUGUCCAGGAAGUGUACCACGCAACAUUAACUCACCAUUCUAACCAAAUGUAUUUGUUGGCUACUUUUCAAAGGUGACAAAUGCUGUGCUGAAGUUGAUUGAGAAGGAGCGAAAUGGAGAAACAAUAAACACCAGACUUAUCAGUGGAGUUGUACAGUCUUACGGUAAGGUUUCUUCUAGACCACUGAUGGUGAACCUAUGGCAUGCGUGCCACAGGUGGCACGCCAGGCCCUCUGUGUGGGCCCACGGCCAUAGGUCGCCGGAAGAGGGGGCCGCAGGCUGUCUGCAGAGUAGGCACCUGUCUGCCCGAAACGGAAGGCGCCUACUCUGCUUCUGGGUCGGGAGGCAGAGGGAGGGCUCUAGGGAGCAGCUCUCCUAUCCUCUUGCGAGCAAGCUGUGUGGAGCGUUGCUGCGCGUUACUGCGGCAACGCUCCACACAGCAUCGCGCGGGAGGACAGAGCAGAGGAGCUGCUUCCUACAAUACAGGGAUGGCUGUGUCCCCACUCCUUCACCAAAGGUAAGAGGAAGGGAGGGGGGGAUACAGAAUUAAUAUAACUUUUUUUUUUUUUAAAUGUAUCUUUACCCCUAUCCCCGCCAAAGCACAGCACCCCUAUCCCCCCCCACAGCACAGCACCCCUAUCCCCCCACAGCACAGCACCCCCAUCCCCCCACAGCACAGCACCCUAUCCCCACAGCUUCUUUUCAUCCCCACAGCUGGCACCCUAUCCCCCUGGCUGGCACCCCUAUCCCCCCACAGCACAGCACCCCUAUCCCCCCCACAGCACAGCACCCUAUCCCCCCCACAGCCUGGCACCCCUAUCCCCCACAGCUAGCACCCCUAUCCCCCCCACAGCUGGCACUAUCCCCCCACAGCACAGCACCCCUAUCCCCACAGCACAGCACCCCUAUCCCCCACAGCACAGCAGCACCCCUAUCCCCCACAGCUGGCACCCCUAUCCCCCCCCCACAGCACAGCACCCUAUCCCCCCACAGCACAGCACCCCCACUAUCCCCCACAGCACCCCUUCCCCACAGCACAGCACCCCUAUCCCCCCACAGCACAGCACCCUAUCCCCCCACAGCACAGCACCCUAUCCCCCCCCCAGCACCCCUAUCCCCAUACAGCACCCUAUCCCCAGCACAGCACCCUAUCCCCCCAGCACAGCACCCCCCUAUCCCCCUUUAGCACCCUAUCCCCAGCACCCACUUACCCCACAGCACAGCACCCUUAUCCCCCACAGCACAGCACCCCUGUCCCCCACAGCACAGCACCCCUAUAUCCCCCCCCACAGCACUAUCCCCCCCCACAGCACAGCACCCCUACCCCCCACAGCACAGCACCACUUACCCCCCACAGCACAGCACCCUUACCCCCACAGCACAGCACCUUACCCCCAGCACAGCACCCUUACCCCCACAGCUGUACCCAUACCCCACGGCACAGCACCCUUACCCCACAGCACCGCACCCCUAGACCCUUUGACAUAGUGUAUCACGUUUCUUAUAUCACAAUAUCUGAAGAGAGGCAUAGAAAAAAAAUUAUAUAUGUUGUAUACAAAUGUGUGUGUAUAUAUUAUAAUAAAAUAUUUUGUGAGCUUCAGCAGGAUACAAUGUAUUGUCCACAGGUCUAAACAAAUCUAAAGAGUCAAGCAGAGCAGGCCUUUGCUUGUAUUUUAUGUAUACAGUUUGAAUCACCUCCCCACCAGCAGCGUGUAAGGGAUACUCUAGUUAGCCAUAAUCACCACUCCGAUAAGCUGUAGUGGUUAUGGUGCUAAGAGUGUCUUUUUAAGAAACUAUUUCCUCUGCUUGAUUUUUCUCUGAGCAUUUAGAGGUUCUGCAUAUUACUUUAAGGGGCAGAUGUUUUUUUCAAAUCUAAACUACUUUAAAAGGUCCUGAGCUGCUACUCUUGCCAGCUUUUCAUUGUAAAAAAGAACUAGAGAAAAGGCCUUGAUCUACAAAUAAAUGUUUAAAUAAAUAAAUAAAGCUUUCAAAGAACAUUGUUAAAUCUUCAUGAGGAUCCCACAGUCUGCUCCAAAAUGCGUAUAAGAGAGAUUUUCCUUAUGGACAGAUUCUAUUGCCUACUCUGAACUCUAUAUUUUUUCACCCAAGGCAGAUGACUUAAGAAAAAGUUAAUAUGAGUAUUCCAAACUAGCAGACGAUGGCCAAGGCGCAUAAGAAAAUAAAUGCAAAUUAAAUAUCCUGGUUUCAUUUACAGGCAAAUGCAAAUGAAUGUAAUGGUAGUGGAGUGGAAUCAAUGCAGUAACCGUAUCUCUUUAUCUACAGUUGAGUUAGGCUUGAAUGAAGACGAUGCCUUUGCCAAAGGCCCGACGUUGACCGUUUACAAAGAGUCUUUUGAGUCUCAGUUUUUGGCUGACACAGAGAGAUUUUACACAAGAGAGAGUACAGAGUUUCUACAGCAGAAUCCAGUCACAGAAUAUAUGAAAAAGGUAAGCGUAACCUUAAGUCAUAAAAUUAAGGCUUACGGCAUUGAAUAGCUAGUUGAGUUUUUGUGUGUAUGUAUUUAAAUAAAAUAUAUUCACAAUCACCUUAGUGCAUAAGGACACAAUCGUGUUGGCUAUACAGUUUUGUAUUCCCAACGCUAUAGAGUUCCUUUCAUAACAUUGUAAUGUGCUGCAAUAUAAUUUAGCCAUGUAUAAUUGCCAACAAUAAUAAAUGGAGAAUUUACCUUUUUUGUGACCAGGCUUAUUUAAGCCAUCUGUGCCUGUUGUAUAUUUAAAAAUAAAAAUAAAAAAGUCUACAUGUGGACAGCACAUAGUAUCUGUCCCCCAAAGUUCACCGCAUCGUCAAGUAAUAUACUGCCUGCCGUUAACCUAAAUCCUCAAACUACGGCCCGCUGGCCAGAUCCGGCACGCCAGGGUCCUGAACCUGCCACUGUCUUGCCAAAAUAAGACACAGCCUCUCCGCGCCUGGGCACUCGUCUAGGGGAACAAUAGGACAGUGUGGGAAACACAACAGGCAUAAGGCAAAGGGUUAUCACUGGAGGAAAGGCGGCUGGAUAGCAGACCGGGCACGCCUUUCAUCCUGACACUUGGGUAGGAUGGAGACUUGGAUUGAGAGGGAGACUUGGAUAAUGGGUGAUUAGUCGGACACCAAGGAGAGAGGGAGACCUGGGUGAGAUGGACAUCUGAAUGAGAAGGAGAUCUGUGAGAGGGAGAACUAGUGUUAGGUGUAAACCAGCUCACUAUGGAUACCUUGAGCACUGGAGUAUUUUGGUAGUUGGAAGAACUCUUUCAAAGAGGGGUUUUCAUUUGGGUCUGCAUCAUGGUAUAUUCGGUUGGCACACAGACAGCCUAUCACAAACAGACGUUACAGCUACAGCUGUCAUGGGCUAGUUUGGGCAUGCCUAUACCAGGUUUCAACUAUGGAACUACAAUUCCCAUAACCAUCUGUCCGGCUCUGGCUAGCUACAUAUCAAGGUAAAUGUAGUUCACUGAACAUCCUGUUUGAACAUCUUUAAGGACUCUGAUUAAAACCACUUCUUCAGGCAGAGAAUUCAACAUCCCUAUUGUUCUUACAGUAAAAAAAAAACCUUUCCUUUACCUUAGAGGAAAUCUUCUUUCUUCCAGUCUAAAUCAUGACUUUGUGUCAUAAGCCGGACUUUACAUAGGACACGAGGUCAUGUGUUUAGACUGGAAGAAAGAAGAUUUUGUCUAAGGCAAAGGAAAGGUUUGCAAAACAACCAUAAUUGUCUUUUUAUAGUGGAUAACUAUAAACAGUUUGCCAAACUGUGAAUGAUUUGGAGUUGGGCUGGGCUAAACUAGCCAGUGUGACAACUGAUGGUGCUCCUGGCAUGGUGGGGUCUGUGAAAUGAGUGAUUGCACACAUUAACAAAGAGAUGGACAAACACAACCAUUUAAUUUAAUUUCUAUGCAUCUCUCCCCUAUGAGACCUCUUAAUCCCAGGAACCAUGUACUCAAAAAUUGCAACCAUCUCUGGCAGCACCUAUGUCUUCCCAAAUGAAACAUCAGAAAUCUCCAACCAGAUCCAGACUAGCUGAUGAACACUUGCAUUACUUGCUACAGCUAGCAGAUAUUGAUUGGCCAAAGCAGGCCCAUACUUCCCAUUGAAAUACUUAUAAGUUUAUGUCGAUUAAAAUCGUUCUUAAUUUUAAAUAUUUUUCCUGGGGUUUUUUUUUUUUUUUUGUGCACUACAAAUAAAAUGUGAAGUGUGCAUAGGAAUUAGUUCAUAUUUCUUUUCAAACUAUAGUCCUGCCCCCAACUGUGUCUGUGGGACCGUGAACUGGCCCCCUGUUUGAGGACCCCUGACCUAAAUUAUAAGAUCUUCGAGAGUCAACUGAAUGGAGUUACAAAGUCUUGUUCCCUUUGAGUUUAAUGGGCUUCAAAAUUUCAGGCUUCGUAUGUAGACAGAGUUCAUAUUUGGACUCUCAUUCAGUAUUCCCCUCACACUUUUGAACGGUAGAGUCCUAAAAACCUAUAUUUGGAAUAGUAUUAAUAGGCCUAGAAGCCAGAACCCAAGGUGGACAUACCUGCUUCGUGUUACCGAUUCUUGUGAGUAGAGUUAAUAUUACAUUACCUGAUUGUAGCCAGUACAGGUUGUCUUUGGACUGAGUUUUUGCAGGUUUGGUCAGACAGCACUUCUCAGAAUGGUCAGAUUGCCCUAGUCCCUCUGGUGGUCCUUUUUGCUAGUCCUAUGUUCAGCAACUUUUUAUUACUAAUUAAGCUAGAAGGAGAGGUAUGAAGCCUUUAACAUUCUAACAUCCAACCUCACCCUUAACCUGCAUGAUGCUUGCUUUAAUGACGGUAUAAAUUUGUGCAAUUUGUUUUUUUACUUCUAGGCAGAAGCACGGCUUCUGGAGGAGCAGCGCAGAGUGCAAGUAUACCUUCAUGAAAGCACACAAGAUGAACUGGCACGGAAAUGUGAACAAGUGUUAAUUGAAAAACACCUAGAGAUCUUCCACACAGAGUUUCAGAAUUUAUUAGAUGCUGACAAAAAUGAAGGUAACACAUUCUAUUAUUUGUACUGUAUUAUUCACAAUUCCUGCACCAACAGGAAUAUUUUUUAUAUUUCAAUACAAACUGAAGCUCGCAUGUAUAUAAAUGUCCAAUCUUUUUUUUUUUCCUUUCUUUUUUUCUCUGAGGGUUCAUACGCCAGCCUUUUUCAAUAUAUUCUUAGUUAAUUAUUGGGUAGAUUUUUAUGUAUGUGAUUGAGUACAUUGCUUAAUGGAGUUCAUUUGUAUACUUUUCAGCAUGAGAUUUUCAGCACUUUGUAAAAACAUAUUUAAUUCCUGUGCAAUGUAAAGGGACACUAGAGUCACUGCAACAAAAACCGCUUAAUGUAGUUGUUCUGGUGACUAUAUGCUGUUCCUGCUGGCAUUUUAAUGUAAAUACAGUCAGAGAAAAGGCAGUGUUAAAUUAAAACUUAUGAGGUGCUGCUGAUUGACCAGGGUGGCAUUUGGCCCUGCCCAGCCUCCUUGGUGGCGAUAGCCAUUCCAAUGCUUUCAUUGUGGAAAAUCAUUGUAUUGGCUGAAAUAAAUUCUAAUGUCAACCAAAGAGGCAGAUCAGGGGCUUUUCCAGGGGAGGAGGGGGGGGUAGUUUUACCACUAUAGGGUCAGUAAUACAGGCUUGUGUUCCUGACGCUAUAGUGUUUAGUAUUGUUGAAAUCGGCAUGAUUUGCCAUUAGAAACAUAGAAUGUGACGGCAGAUAAGAACCAUUCGGCCCAUCUAGUAUUCCAAUUUUCUAAAUUACUGUAAUAAUACAUUGGUAUUUUGUUUUAAGUAGCAUUUUAUUGUGUUCUGGCACUGAGAUUAUUGCUCUUACUGAAGAUUAUUGCACCUUACUGGAAGUUUGCUUUUUUUAACAGACUUGGGUCGAAUGUACAAUCUUGUAUCUCGAAUUCAAGAUGGUCUGGGUGAAUUGAAGAAAUUGUUAGAAACACAUAUUCACAACCAAGGACUUGCAGCUAUAGAAAAAUGUGGGGAAGCUGCACAAAACGUAUGUCUUUUAUUUAGACUUGUAAUCUGUUUUUAUUGCGGCCCUUUGACCUUCUUUGUCUUCAUCUGACAUUCCUGCACGUUGCCCUGGUAGCUGACAGUUGCUGCUUCCUGUAGUUUUCACAUGUGCAUGAUAGAGAGGUACAAAUUAGGUUUCUUUGCUGAUUACCUCUAAUACAAUUGGCUAUUUUUCAGGUGCAGCUGUAGGAGCUCUUUUUGAUUUCUGUAUAUUAUCCCUAUUUCAAUAUGUGCAAUGUGCAAUGGGAUCCAUUAUUACUAAUAACUUUCUUAAAAUAAUGUGCUUUUAUAUGGUUUAUUGCAUCAAAUGACCCACAAAUAUUUCUCUUCUUGUCCCAGGAUCCCAAAAUGUAUGUACAGACCGUUCUAGAUGUACACAAAAAAUAUAAUGCACUAGUCAUGUCAGCGUUCAACAAUGAUGCUGGCUUUGUGGCAGCACUAGAUAAGGUAAUUAUAAAUCUAUUUGUUCUUUUAGCUUAAAUAGUUUUAGAAGUAGCUUAUAAGAUACAUGAAGAUAAAUAAAAUAUAUUUAAACUCUUUUUGUACACUUUCUUUUAGGCUUGUGGUCGAUUUAUAAAUAACAAUGCUGUAACAAAAAUGGCACAAUCUUCCAGCAAGUCCCCAGAGUUGCUGGCUCGGUACUGUGACUCUUUGCUAAAGAAGAGGUGAGCAUGGAUAUGUAAACACAGAAGAGUUUGUUCACUACACAAAUCAUGGAGGAUCAUUAGGGAAUUGGGGUACAAUUUUUGUACUGAAAUUAUCCAGCUGGAAUAAUUACUAAGUUGGAGAAUUUUUCCAAACAGGCUAUUUUGUCCUAAAAUGUGCAAUGUUUCUGAAUUCUUUACAGUUCCCGUUUCCCUUAAUUACUGUCAUUGUGCAUGUAGCUGGCUCUUGUGAAAUACAGGAGCUGUUCUACAUUUUCUAUUUAUGUAUUCUGUAGCGGAACGCCAAUAUUAAAUCCACGAAUUCCGCUGUUUCAGGAAAUAAUCCACAGUCAAGCGCUGGAAACAAGGCAAUAUCCCAAACCUCCCAGUAACCGGACGAAACACAGUUCUGAGAGUCAACUGGGGUCUUUUAAUUCAGCUCCAAAAUUUAUACAAGUCCCCAUGCAAGGGGUUUCCGGAGUCCCUUCCCAGGGGCAUUCCCAGAGGGGACUACAUGGGGGACUUCCAAUACAGGGCAUUUCUGCCAUUAGGCACUGCUGCACGAGAGGGAUCCUCCCACUGGAAUAUACCGUUAAGUGGAUUAUCCCUCCAUGCAGCAGAACUUACAAUUCGUAUAAAAAUGUAUAACUCUAUGAAUAUGCGGUCUAUUUAAACGAAUGGACGUUCGGUAGAUAGCUGGGGUCUGAGCGCAUCAUUCGUGAGAUUACCACUCAGAUCCCAGCUAAAACAACCGAACGCCGCACGAAAAACACAUUUAUUAAAAGACAUAUUAAAAUGACCGAUUGCCUUCCUUCAAUGAAAUACCAAACGGCCCGGAACUCCCGAACGGCCUGGAGGCUCAGCAGUGUUCGCGCCGUCGAGUAGACUUUUUUAGUACCAUGCGCUCGACGACCUAACACCACUGAGGGAACAAAGGAUCCAAGAUGGCCGACCGCCGCAUGGUUGGUAUUCGAACGGCGGCCACCUAGGAGAGCAUCUAAUUACCGAUUGCAACAUUGUUGCAAUCGGUUAACAAGCGCCACACGCCUCUAAGUGUGUGGGCUACUAUGUAGAGUGUUUUCGGUUCACGAACGGCCCGCAAAAGUGCCGUUCGUGAAACGAAAGGAAAACCCAAUACAAAUAGCUAUCUGCAUUCGGCAGAUAGCAAAUACAGGAAAUACACAGUAUUACAGCCAGCAUACAUUAUGCAUAAUUAAACACAUAUCCCCACCGACAUACAGGCAACCCUUAAAGGUACAGUCUCUUUAUAUUGUCCAAGUGGCUAGGUUUGCCACAUAUUCUUUACACAUCGUUCAUGUAAUCUUUGUUCUUUUAGUUCAAAGAACCCAGAAGAAGCAGAGCUUGAAGAUACUCUAAAUCAAGUGGUAUGUAGCCUUGCAAUAUAUUUUUCAGUAUUUCCUUGUCAUAUACCUCCUAAUAAUUUAUUUUUUAUAGUGAUAUAUAAAAUGUACAUUAUUUGCAUAUUUCAUUAAAGAGACCGUUUUAGAACUGCUUUAUCUCAUUGAAGUGGCUACAGUGUUGAGUCCCCUGGCAUCAUGCUUUCAUUUACUAUUAAACUGUAUUUAAUGUUUUAAUGCUAUGAGAAUUCCCAGCUGCUUAUCACACUCCCCUGUGCUGCUCAGUCUAAUGCUUCCUCAUCACAGCAAUAGGUGGCUGUAAAUGCCUGAGUGUCAGCUGACCACUUUCAGCCUAUCACAGUGAGCUUUCAGGUAUGAAGUUGUAUGGCUAGAAGGAAGUGUGGUAAUUUCUGCCUUAGCAAUACAUCCAGAGUUAAGCUAGGGACCCCCAUUCAGUGUUAAACCGCUUGAAACUGGUUUAACAAUGAAUAGUGGUACAAUGCCAGGUGAUCCAGGUACUUCAACCUGUGCAAUGAGAUGGCAUGGCUAUCAUGCCUACAUUGUCCCUUUGAGAAUUAUUUUAUUUGUCUUUUUACGUGAAAACCAACCCAUAGAUGUAUGUAGGAAGCAGCUGACCACCAUCUAACACAAGAGACUUUCAUUCACAAUUAUGGUUGUGUUUUGCAAAUAAGCAGCAUUUCAGAAAGUCAGAUGAAUUUUUUGUUUUUUGUGUGUAGAUUUUUGAUAUAGACACAUACACACACCCACCCACCCACCAAUUCCCUCUAAUCACAGGUAGACAGGGUCAUUUCAGCUUGCCAGAGUUCAGACUAAACAGAGGUGAUAUGUUCAAUAGUUGCAUAGAUGACGUAACCAUGCAGUAUAGUGUUCUAGAAUUUGAGAAUUCUUAAAAUUUAUUUCAGUGUAAAUACUCUGUAAAGUGGAAGAUGACCAUAAAAAUGAAUAACAGUUUGAAAAACCUCAAGAACGCAUUCAUGGAUGAAAAUGUUCUGUAAAUGAACACAGUUCAGUAUAGACACGAAACUUUGUGAUGAUCGUAUGCCUAGAAUGCUGUGCUUUGCUAGUAUGGACAUAGCAACAUAGAUUGAAUUUAUGUGUAUAUAUAUUAUAUUUUUAUUUUUAAACGUAUCAUUUGUAAAUAUUUAAAAGUAUUUAUCUUUCUCAGAUGGUGGUAUUCAAGUAUAUAGAAGACAAAGAUGUUUUUCAGAAAUUCUAUGCAAAGAUGCUUGCAAAGCGUUUGGUUCACCAGAACAGUGCAAGCGAUGAUGCAGAAGCAAGCAUGAUAUCCAAACUCAAGGUAAUACCUGUGUUUUUUGUGAAUAGCUGCAAACCCUACACUUCAAGGAAGCAUAAGUGAGACCAAUUAGUGUAUGCAUGCUUUAAAGGAACACUAUAGUCACAUAAACAACUUUAGCUUAAUGAAGCGUUUUAGUGUAUAGAUCAUGCCUCUCAGGUUUCACUGCUCAAUUCUCUGCCAUUUAGGUGUUAAAUCACUUUGUUUCUGUGUAUGCAGCCCUUGCCACACAUCCCCUGGCUAUGAUUGACACAGCCUGCACAAACUGGUUUCACUUGCAAUCAGAUGUAAUAUAUCUUAAACAAUUUUAUCUUUUGCUCUGUAAAUUGAACUUGAAUUAUAUACAGGAGGCUCUUGCAGGGUCUAGCUAGCUAUUAACAUAGCAGAUGUUAAGAAAAUCUAAAUUAAACAGAACUUGCAAUAAAGAAAGGAUAAACCUUAGAUGACUCUUUAUAUGAAGUGUUAGACUAGGGUUCAUAAACAAAGUGGUUUAACUUCUAAAUGGCUGAGAAUUGAGCAGUGAGACUGGCAUGAUCUAUACACCAAAACUACUUCAUUAAGCUAAAGUUGUUUUGGUGACUAUAGUGUCCCUAUAAUUGUUUGUCUUUUUUUUCACAGCUGCACAACCAAAAUUAUUCUUGCAUGUUUAAUACACAUCUCUUGUCGCUGUGGGUUUAAGUUAAUUUGUAGUCAGACAUAUGUAGCUUGGCAUCUUAGGCUCUUGUAACCUGUAGUAGUUUAACUCUAAUUUCUAGUAUUUCACAACUGUAAAGGUGCAUGUUUGUGUGUAAAUGGAAUUUUGGACUCAUUUCCGUUCAAAACUGAUGUAUUUCUAGAUCCUGUCCUCAUUUCUCGAGAGGCAUUCAGUUUCCAUGUUUGUGACUUGCUUGGGCUUAAAGGUGUUAAUUUGUUGAUCAAUCUGUGCCCCACAUAACAUUUAGUAGUUACCUUAGAGGCAAGGAUUUUUUAUUUUAUUUUUUACACUUUUUACACUUUUUUUUUUAUACCCUUUGUGUUUUCAGUAAUGACCUAUUUCUUUUGAACACUUGGCUCUUUGCAAAUAAACCACACAAUAUAAUUUCGUGCUACAUUUUAAUUUGCAGUAAAGUUUAUUUUGACUGUUCUGAAAAGUACUGGUGGUGCAGAAUGGCUGUGAGAGUAAGCAUACAUUAAACAAAGGUUGGAGUAAGGAGAACUGUAAAUGAACCAAAUCUAUGCUGUCAGAUGCCAUGGUUAUGCUGAUGUUUUGUUUUGCAGCAAGCCUGUGGUUUUGAAUAUACAUCGAAACUUCAGAGGAUGUUCCAAGAUAUAGGUGUCAGCAAGGAUCUGAAUGAGCAAUUUAAAAAGCACCUGACCAAUUCAGAACCACUUGACUGUGAGUAGUUAAACUUAGUUGUGUCAAGACUUCUUCUUAUGCUCAUUUGACAAAAGUAAUUGAAGAUUAUGCUAGCGCAGUGUACUAAUAAUCUUAAUUUUAAUAAUGACAGGAGGCGAGUAUUUUGCAUUAACUUUCUUAACUAACUCCAUAGCCAAUCAGAACGUAGUCAUAGUAUAUAUAAGUCUAAGCAUAUCCAUAUCACUUCCUCUUGACAAAUGAGACAUCACAAGUCCAUAACUCGAAUAACUUGUCCGAUCAAACUUGGAAAACGAUAAGGGAAAUUGAUUCCUCCCAACGAUUCAGAUGCUGCCAAGAGGGAAAACUCACACACCCCUCUCUCUCACACACACCCCUCUCUCUCACACACACCCCUCUCUCUCUC